UCUGCAGGUGCUGCCUGCCGGCCUCCAUGCAACCGAGCCUAUGAGCGUGUUACUUUCCUGGCGAGCGAUGGAGCCCCGGCUGGUGGGACCUGGGCCUUUCCGGGCUACCCGCCUGUGGAACCAGACCAUCGAACUCUUUCGAGAAGGAAUGCCGUUACGGAGGCACCGCUGUCACUUCAAAAUCUAUGAGCGCUGCUUUGCUGCAUCAGAAGCCGUAGAUUGGUUGCACAGACUGUUAAGGCACAACCAAAAUUUUGGUCCAGAAGUCACCCGAACGCAAACGGUUCAGCUCCUUAAGAAGUUCCUGAAGAAUCACGUUAUUGAAGAUAUCAAAGGAAGAUGGGGCAAAGAGGAUUUUGAAGACAAUGGUCAAUUAUAUAGGUUUCCUCCGUUCUCACCACUGAAGCCAUAUCCUAAGCGAUCUCCUUAUGGAAAAGAAAUUGUGAAGUUCCCAAACUGGGAUGAUCUUGAAAGAGAUACUUUCAGAGACCACAUCCCAGUAAAGCCCAUUGUGUUGAGUUCAGAAAUGUGGUUCAAACGUCACAGUAUAGCAAUUGGGGAAGUACCAUCAUGCAAACUCAUCCAUCGGCGACAAUUAACAGAAGCAAAUCUGGAAAAGAUAUGGAAAUCCAUGACAUUGUCACACUUGCAGAAAACAUUAGGCGUGGAUUCUCUCAACGACAUGCUGGAUACUAAACUUGUGAAUCCCAAGCAUAUAAUUCAGAAUGUGUAUAAUGUCAACAAACAGGGGAUUGUGAUUUUAGAAGAUAAAUCAAAGGAGCUGCCUCACUGGGUUCUGUCAGCAAUGAAGUGCCUGGCAAAUUGGCCCAGGUGUCCAGAUUUGAAACAGCCAACUUACUCAGGGUUUGAAAGAGAUGUCUUCAGAACUAUAGCAGAUUUCUACGGCCACAUCAAAGAGCCCCUUCUCACUUUCCAGUUCUUUGAUAUCUUUGUUAGUGUAUUGGGACUCUUGCAGAAGGAGAGAUUAGCUAUUGAAGCACUUCAGAUUUGCUGCCUUCUUUUGCCACCACCUAAUCGCCAAAAGCUGCAGCUGUUGAUGAUUAUGAUGGCCAGGAUCAGUUCAAAUAAGGAUCUGCCACCACUCUCUGAUACAGUUGGGACGAGAACACUGAUGGUUCAAACUUUUUCUCGCUGUAUCCUAUGUUCUGAGGAUGAGGUUGACUUGGAUGAAUUACUAGCUGCUAAACUGGUGUCGUUCUUAAUGGACAAUUAUAAUGAGAUCCUAAAUGCUUCUCCUGCUUUGAAAACUUCAGUAGAGGAACAUGUAGCUCAUCUUCAAAGGGUUCAGCAGAUCAAGUAUCCUGGAGCUGAUACUGAUACAACUUUGCCUGUUCCAUCAUUUUGUCACCAAAUCAGCACCGAUGAAUUUGAACAUCAAAGAAUAAACGGCUGUCAGGAGCCACUGGCAGGCUUGUUAGAAAAAAUUGCGACAAAUACAGAAAUGUCCCGCAAAGAGAAGAAGAAAAGGUUGAAAAAGUUUCAGAAAUCCUACCCCGAUGUAUACAAGGAGCGAUUUCCUACUCCUGAAAGUGAAGCAGCUCUGUUCCCAGAAAAAAGUAAACAGAAACCACUGCUGUUGCUAUGGGCAUUAAAAAAACCUUUCCAGCCAUUUAAUAGAACAAGAAGCUUCCGGAUGUAGGACUGUGAAUAAGCUACUUCCACUAAUGGUCAGAUUUCAAGAUGGCUGGAAUUUUGUUAACUACUGAACACACUUUAACGAUGAAAAAGAACUGGGACAACAAAUUGCUCUGCUGAGCCAUUAUCAGUAUUAGGUUAGAUUCAGACUUAGGGUGCGUCAGUAUUUGGAUAGAUUCAGACUUAGAGUAAAUCUAUGAUGUCAUUCUAUGAUGUAAUUCUACAUCAAAGAACUAAUGUAGCUUGACACCACUUUAACUAACAUGGUGCAAUGCUAUGGAAUCAUGAGAGUUGUAAUUUUAGAAAAUUUUUAGCCUUUUCUGUCAAGGAUUGCUGGUGCCUCACUAACUACAAGUCUCAGGAUCCAUAGUAUUGAACCAUGACUUUUAAACAGGUGUCGAACUGCAUUAAUUCUACAGUGUAGAUGUACGCCUAGUCAUAUCUAGAGCAGAGAUACUGGAAUCUGGGAUGAGUUGGUCUUAAUUAUGGUACCAUUGAUUUCAAUAGGUUAUAUGUAAGUAUAACUACAUGUGACUUGUGCUUUUUUAAAAAACUGGACAGUAAAAGUUAUCUAACAAUGACCUGGUUUUGAAUUCUCAUAUCUGAGAUUAAUAAGAAGAGGUAUGUCAAAGUAUCUUUUUUUUGUGCACAAAUCACAGUAAAUCCAGGAUCUUUCUAAGCAGUUUCUAGUUUAUUCUAAACCUGAGCAGUUUCAGAACAAACUAAAUUUUUAAGCCAUGAUUUGAUUAUCUUGGCUUGUUCCAAAACUGGUAAACACGGUUGGGAAUCCUAGGGGCGCAUCUACACUGGACAUUUAAUGCAGUUUCAAAUUGGUACUGAAGGAGGUAGUUCCACUGUACGCAUGAUUACAAAGGAAAUCCUGGAACCAGUUUGAGGCCUAAAUAACUAGCCACACUGAUGCAUAUGAUGGGCUUUAUUUAGCACAAAUUUGUGGGAGUUUAUUGUUUGGCUGCUGCAGUUUGAAGCUGACUUCAAACUGCAUUAAAUGGUCAGUGUAAAUGGGGGACAGGUCAGUGCAUAUCAAACUCUAAUCUUCCAGGUGUUUUGGACUUCAACUCCCAGAAACCCCAGAAUUUUGAAGUCCAAAAGGCCAAAGACUGAGAACUACUUCUAUAGACAUAAUCCUCCCACUGUGUGCUUUUAAAGUCAUUUUGCAUAGUGCAACUGAACCUUUCCACUUUGGGGUUCUCCACAGGUGAGAAAAGUCAUAAUUCUCUUAGAUGUUGGAAAAUGACACUUUCUCUAUACUUUCAGCCAUGGAACUGGAUAUAGGUGUGCUUUUCAACAUGGAAAGAGUUGGUUGCAUUGGGAUGGAAAAGGUAUGGGAUGGAGAUAAACUGGUCGACAGUUCCAUUCUGCCAGGCUGAUAUUGAAUCCUGGCUAUAGUUUCUUCCAUUUGUACCAAAUGGGAAAGGAUGUUUAAACAGAAUGUGGGGGUAGGGAAUCCAAAUUUCACAGUUGGACAGUUAGCUUAAUGUGGACCAUCAUCCAUUUGCAUUAUUUUGUUUGCUUGUAAUAAGAGUAUUUCUUAACUGUGAA